AUGGAUCUUGUAAUGAAAACUGUAGUUGAAAACCCGAGUUGGAUGGAUUUCUUUCAAGGUGCACAAUCAAAGAAAUUUAUUUUUGAAGAUGAACAGUGCUUUGUUAUUGAUGAAGAAAACAACAAGCAGGCACCGAUACAUUUCCUCGUGGUACCUAAAAAAACUAUUGCUCGGCUUGCGGAUGCGUCAGUGGACGACGAAAAAUUAUUAGGCCAUAUGUUGAUUGUAGCCAAACAGGUGGCACUAGAUAUGGGAAUCGACAGAACGGGAUAUCACGUGAUGGUCGAUGAAAAUCAUCGGGAAAAUAAAUUAAAGGCUUUGCAUGUUUUUGGAAGGGCUUUGCACCACAUGGUAUGGCCUACGGGGCCUGGAGCUCGGCUGUAG